AUGUUUCAUCUACGUAUUCUUCGCUCGGUUUGCUUGAUUGUUGCUCAAAGAUUCCGUCAUUCCUCUGCAUUGCCUUCGAACAUCUCCGGGCGACUAUGGCGCAGUUUUCUCUAUGUCCCCGGUGAUCGUGCAAAAAUGAUACAGAAAAUAAUCGAUUCCACCGCACUUCUUGGGUCUCAUCAAUCAUCUUCUCAUAUCCCGGAUUUAACUGUUCUUGACUGCGAGGAUGCUGUGGCCCUUGAUCAAAAGCUCGCAGACGCCAUCGAAACGAAGUUGGACCACGCAUUUGCUCUACAACAGAGACCUGCUCUGGGCCUUAUCGCCAUGAUAGAGUCGUGCACUGCAGUGCUCAACUUACCAGGCAUAUGCAAGGCUUCAAGGUCGCUGAAGGUUCCAUUGCAGUGUGUCGUUUUCGGGUCGGACGAUUAUUGCGUGAGCCUUGGUGUCGAAAGGAGUAACGAAAAUACCGAGCUGUCCUACGCACGCCAGUUUAUCCCCGUUGUUGCCAGAGCUUUCGGGUUGUCAUCCAUCGAUAUGGUGGAUAUUGAUUACAAAGACAUGGACAAGUUGACGGUGAACUGCCGCCGUGGUGCACAGUUGGGAUUUACUGGGAAACAGACAAUUCAUCCCGCUCAGUUGCCGGUGGUGAACAGCUCUUUUGCGCCAUCUCCAGCGCGAAUCGAAUGGUCUAAAGCACUGCUUGCAGAAGCAGCGAAACAUUCGGUUAGUAAUGAUGGUGUGAGUGCCGGAGCUUUCAGUUUCAGAGGCCGUAUGAUCGACCGACCGACUUUGAGGCAGGCACGGUACAUUAUUGAAAUGUCACAAUUGCUGAAUUUGCAAGUGAAUUCUUCUUAGCUGACUUUAUGUUUCAUGCACUUAAGCUUCAUACAUUGAUUCAAUUGGCUGUCGUCUGCUUGGAUGUGACCCGAACCAAUCAUUGACUUUGCGAAUUCAAAACUAUAUCCGACGUGUGUUUGUAUUACAGACCUAUGCAGCGGUUUAUUUUGGAUCUAAUCUUCCACGAUUCACUCUUGUAACGAAUUCUGUCAGGUGCUUUCUACGAUUUAAAUCGGAUUAUCAUGAUUUGUCCUUAUUGUGAAUUUCGUCAAGAUAUUUUCCUCCAGAUUAUCUUUUUUUCUCGGAUUAUUUUUAAUAUGACACUGUUCAACUGUCUCGUCGUGUCCCUAGCGUUUAACAACAAUUGAACGUACCGAGUAGUUUACUGAGGUUGAUUCCCAGGUAACCCCC